GACCUCAGCUCAAGACAGGCAACAGAAGGCGUUUCCCUGUGAUUUAAGGAUACCUCUCACGCGGUUUCCUCACUCAGCUCAGACUGCCGCCGGGUCCCAACACGGCAACAGGCGGGAGGGAUUCCCCUGUUCGUCGCCUCUCUGUCUCCCCCCCCAUCCAGAGCGUUAAAAGCCCCAGUCAAACUGGCUGUUUUGUAUUAUUUCAUAUAAUUAUUAACUGGCGCAUGCUGGAAGAAGCAGAGUGGAGCACAAACUUUUAAAGCACGGAGAAGGAAGGGAUUUAUUUCACUGAGAAGAAAAGGCACUGCAGCUGAACGGACUCGUGUUCCAACUGAUGAGGCAGCCUCCAAAUGAAGUCGAGAUGGCAUGUGGAACUCUUCUCCCAUCUAUUUCCACGUUCACCAGCGACCUCACUGACAGGAGCAGACCCAUAGGAAGUGGCUUUCCAAAAUGGAAGGAAGAGCUGUCCCAUCUUAAGAGAUCCAGUGUGCCAGCAGGAAGCCUCUGCUCGGAUCAAGAGCACCCCACUGCCACCAGCAUAACGAGCACCAGCAUGUCCAAGAAGGACACGGAGCCAGACCUGGACUUAGACUACGACUUUAUUCUGUCCAACUCUAUCCUGCAGCAGCAGCUGCAGCAGCAACAGCAGGAAGACGCCAUGGCGUGCGGCUCUUCUCAGGCCAUGUCUUCCUCCCCCGUUUCCUUCACAUCUUCUUACCAACUUCCCUCCCCUCAAGACGCUGCCAGUGAGCUGCUCUAUACCAUCCCAGACAUCAGCGACGUCUCACCCUCUGGGGGCUUUGUGGCAGAGCUCAUGAGGCCGGAGUUGGACCCUGCAUACCUUCAGCCCACCAGCCUCCAUGGCAAGUUCGUGGUCAAGACAACACUGGACAUGGGAGAAUACAGCAAGGCCUGUGUCGGCGCCGCGUCGGACUCGGCGCCGUCCCGUGUUUCACCGUCCUUCGCUUGCCACAGGAUAAAGCAGGAGAACCCCAGUAACUGCACCAUCUCGCAGCCCAUGGACCUCCACCUGGCUGGGGUAAACUCACAAGGCCGAGGAAGCCAGCAGCAGCAGCAGCAACGUCCCAGCCACUUGGAUCUACACGGGUUCCCAGGGGGACGGUCCAUGACGAGCAGCAGGCUGUCCUCAUCCUCGUCGCUCUCCCCGGACUAUCCUCUCAGCCGGGAGCACCAACUGGGCAAUCCCCUCGCUCAGAUCCCACUACCUCCACAGGGUUACCACCAUGGCGCCAAUCAGGGCUACCCCUCCUACCCUCAGACAUCGUCCAUGCAGUUCCCAGAGGCCCUCAUGAUUUCCAGCGGGGACUGCCUGCCAGAGGAGCCCAAGCCCAAGCGCGGCAGGCGCUCCUGGCCGAGGAAAAGGGUGGCGACGCACACGUGCGACUACGUAGGCUGUGGGAAAACGUACACGAAGAGCUCCCACCUGAAAGCACAUCACCGCACACACACAGGGGAGAAGCCUUACCACUGCGACUGGGAGGGCUGCGGCUGGAAGUUUGCACGUUCGGAUGAGCUCACUCGCCACUACAGGAAGCACACGGGUCAUCGGCCGUUCCAGUGUCAGAAAUGUGACCGGGCCUUUUCCAGAUCGGACCACCUUGCUCUCCACAUGAAGAGACAUUUAUGAGACUUUGAUGGAAAAGGACAAAAUGACUAAAGCUGAAGGCUCCAAGGAAAUAAAAAAAAAAGUAUAUAAGUGUUUUUAUGGAAUCCUGAACAAACUCCUCAACACGUUUUAAAAGUUGCCUUCAAGCUGGCGUCAAGCAGCAAGACAAGCUGUGGUGUUCAUGGCGAAAAGAGCAUUUCUCUAAAACUGACUGUGCAAGACUCAACACAACCUCAGCCAGGGUUGUAAAACUUAUAUAUAGAAAAAAGGGACCAAAACUGGAAUUUGUCUUAUUUAACCGACAAAGCUUGGAGGACCAGGUGCCAGCAGCUUCUUUUUUUUUUUAACUGGAAAUGUCAGGGAAACCAGGAACAACAGACAAAACAUCUCCAGAGGCCUUCUUACCAGCAACAC